UUUUGCACAGGCCAAAGUCUUUGGAUCAGCUCCAAAACAGCUUUGCUCCUUGCUUUUCUUCACAGGAUCUUUCCAAGGCUUUCACGAGCGCCAUCUUCUUGAAGGGAGUCCGCUAUGGCAUCAAGGGCUGCUGUGCUCACGAGCAACGCGAGCUGCGCGGCACUUUUCCAGAGCGUGGGAGCCCUUCCAGACGUCGCCUGCAAACGUGUUGCUCAAGCCGUCCCUGCAAGAUCUUCCAGUCAAAGCAGGUUUGAAGUCCAGACAGCUCUUGAGAGAAGUGGCUGGAAAGUGGCUCCGGUGGAUCAGAGCCGCAUCUCAAGGAUGUCAGAGCCUGUGCAAAACAGAGGGCAGCAGGCACAUGUUGGGAUUGCACCGGAGACAUUGCAGGCGGUCGAAGCGGUCACCGCCUCCAAAGAUCAGAAUGGGAAGGCUGAGGGCGAGCAGAUUGAGGAGCGGUGUUUUGCUGGCUCAGAGUACGUCCCCAUCUACGUCAUGCUUCCACUCAACACUGUCGACGAGAGCAACCAGCUGCACAACCCGGAGCAGCUCGAGAAGGACUUUGCAGCCCUGAAGUCGGUGGGAGUGGACGGAGUCAUGUGCGAUGUUUGGUGGGGCCUCGUCGAGCGUGAGGGGCCCGGCCAGUAUGAUUGGCGCGGCUACCAGGAGCUGUUCAAGCGGGUCUCAGGCGCGGGACUCAAGCUUCAGGUGGUGAUGUCGUUCCACCAGUGCGGUGGCAACGUGGGUGACGACACGGACAUCCCCAUCCCCCCCUGGGUGCAUGAGAUCGCCAAGCAGAACCCUGACAUCUUUUUCACCAACCGCAAGGGCGAGCGGAACCCCGAGUGCCUCUCGUGGGGAGUGGACAAAGAGCGCGUGCUUAAGGGCAGGACGGGUUUGGAGGUAUACUACGACUUCAUGCGGAGCUUCCGGUCCGCUAUGGAUGAGUACUUCUCAAAGGGCGUCAUCACGGAAGUCGAGGUCGGCCUCGGCGCGUGCGGGGAGCUGCGGUACCCUAGCUACCCGGAGCGGCAUGGCUGGAAGUACCCGGGGAUUGGCGAGUUCCAGUGCUACGAUAAGUACAUGAUGGCGAAGCUGACCAAGGCGGCCGAGGCGCGGAACCACGCGGACUGGGCGCACGGGCCGGAGGAUGCGGGUGAGUACAACAGCCAGCCCCAGGACACGGGCUUCUUCCGCGACGGCGGCAACUUCGACAGCUACUACGGCCGUUGGUUCCUCAAGUGGUACUCGCAGCAGCUGAUCGAGCACGGGGACCGCGUGCUGCACCUCGCCGACAUGGUCUUCGAGGGGACGAAGAUCGCAGCCAAGGUGUCGGGCAUCCAUUGGUGGUACAAGACGGCCUCCCACGCGGCGGAGCUGUGCGCGGGCUUCUACAACCCGCACAACCGCGACGGGUACGCGCCCAUCGCGGACAUGCUCGCGCGCCACAACGCGGCCUUCAACUUCACGUGCGUCGAGCUCAUCACGACCGCGCAGGAGGACUCGUUCCCGGAGGCGAUGGCGGACCCGGAGGGCCUCGUCUGGCAGGUGCUGAACUCUGCCUGGGACGCGGGCAUUCCCGUGGCCAGUGAGAAUGCGCUCCCGUGCUACGACCGGCAGGGUUACAACAAGAUCCUAGAAAACGCCAAGCCCCGCAAAGACCCCGACGGCCGCUGCCUCGCCGCGUUCACGUACCUGCGGUUGAACCCCACGCUCAUGGAAGAGCAAAACUUCAAGGAGUUUGCGCGCUUCGUCAAGAGACUACAUGGGGAAGCAGUCGACGACCUCAACACGUAGUUUUCUUAGGCAACUGGUUGAUUCCUGUGCUUUUGGGUUGAACAGACCAAUUGUGUUGUCCACAAAUGAAUGCGGGCAAAGAUGUUGUAAUUCAAGCACGCAUAAUGCGCAAAAACGAAUCUUGUAUAUGCCGCAAGAAAGUUUUUAGAUUUGGAGGCUGGCCAGUGCAGGAAGCGGUCGUUUGAACGCACUGGGAACAUUCUCAAGACUUCUACAGCCUCAUACGGUCGGAAGGUAUAUAUAGCGCUAGUUGUCGUCCGAUCGUCGAGAAUAUGGAGGAAUUCACCAGGUCUUACAGACUCGCUCUGAGAAUCGAAACUGCAAUAAGCUUAUGACGGCAACGUCAAUCGAUUGGUCGUGAUCCUUCAUAACCCCAUGUUGCAUUGAAGGAUGCGGCGGCAGGGCAGGAUCGACAAACACUAGAAGGGUAUUGUAAGAUUUUGACUCGGGCCCACCGUCGGAAGUCUUAAAUCUUAUACUAGACUCAAGGUGGUGGCGCGAGAACGGGCAUGCUUGACAGGCUGUUGGGCCAUACCGCCGGCCCGGCGAUUUAUAUUGUAGUGACCACCGUCAUCAUUCUGCCGGAUCGUCUAGUAUCAGUGACAUGCUCGCUGUCAUGCA